UCCCGGUAUAUUUUGUAUUUUUCUUCUUCAAAUCCUGUCUUUCUAUACAUAUCUUUGAUGAUGAUGUGAUGAUACAAAAAAGUAUAAAAUAAUAACCAUAUAAAAGAUUAUAUAUCUCAUGUCAAGUCAUAUAAAACUCUUACGUGCAUAUAUAUCCGUGCGUGUAGUAUAGUUUAAGAAAUUUUAUUUUCCCUUUAAAGGGUAGUCGUCACUUUCCUAUUUCUUUUCUACUUACAAAGAUCUUCCUCUACACAUCAAUAAGCAAAGAGAUAGAAAGAGAGAGAAUGGCGUUGUCGAUCUUGUGUCUGAAAAUGGCGUUGUGCAGCAAAAUGUCAAGCUGUCUACUGAUGUUGCUGAUUCUUAAUUCGACCCAUUUCAGUCUAAUGGCUAAUGGUAGACCAGAGCCAAACUCGCGUGAAUUCAUUAAGAGAGGAGAUCAUGAUCAGAAGAUGGUGAUGAGAGGUUUAAUAGGAUCAAAUCCACCAAGAUGUGAGAGAGUGAGAUGUCAUUCGUGUGGUCACUGUGAAGCAAUUCAAGUUCCUACUAAUCAUCAAACAAAGCUUCACUCUCCUUCUUCUUCUUUUUUGUCCUCUGAGAUUACUAAUCUUGAUUACAUCAGAGGAGAAGACACUACUAAUUAUAAACCCAUGAGCUGGAAAUGCAAAUGUGGUAACUCUAUCUAUAACCCUUGAAGAAAUUUAUUUACUUUUAUGUACAAUUUUUCUUUUUCUUUCUUUGUUGGGACAAACUCAAAAAUCUCUGUGUACAUAUAUAUGUUUUAGUUUCUGAUAAUUCUGCGUUAUUUUGAUUA